GAAAAAGAAAAUUCCUUCUUUGAAUUUUCGAUUGGAUUUUUUCCUGAAAAAAGUAAAGAUGAUGAGAAGAGAAGUGGAAAGCCAUCGACGUCAGGAUCAGCAAUCAAGGAUUUUCUACGAGCUGUCGGCUUUGGUUCUGAAUCUUAUACGAUCGCCGCCGGUGCCUUUCACCGACCAAUCAUCGGUGUCGGAAAGGAGGUCCCAUCUGCUAGAUGUAUCGACGAUAUCUCCGGCUGGAUUCGCUUGGCUGAUGCUAGGGAUAUCGAUUUCGAUGAUGAUGUGUGGAUCGGUUACUUUCUUUAUAGGGUUCAUGUUGUUGCCUUGGGUUAUUGGUUUGUUCAUGGUGUUCUACGUUGCUGGGAUUGUGUCCGCAAUUUCCAUGAUGGGUCGUUCUAUUCUUUGUUAUGUCUUGGCCCCUCCUUCGCCUCGAAAAGAUAUUCCUGAUUGCUGAUACACUCAUUUUCGCUCAAAAUGAUUCUUGCAUUACAGCAUGGUAGAAUUUUUGUGAAGAGAAAAGGUUGAUUGGGUGAAGAAGUUGGGAGGAUGCCUUUGGGAAUCCAGCUAUAUUUGAAUUCUUGCGAGUGAUGUUAUGUGUUGCCACAUAGAGAGAUAAACGAAUUUAUCAGGUUUCAUAGAGUAUUAAUUGCAGGAAAUGUGGAAUGAGUCUUGUUUGGGAUGUUAACUGAACUAUGUGAAUAGGGACGGCUUCCUUGUUUUGCUGAAAUAGUAACUUUGUAAAGUAUUUUUAACAGUAUCCAUGUGUAUUGUAUUCUUAUUUACCAGG